AUGUUAGCUCUUAAUGUGAUUAAACAAGGCACUGAAAAGCCACAGUCAACCUUGGAAGCAUCAGUUAACCAAGACACAAGUAGAGGUAACUUUCACACAUCUUUUGAGAAUCUAAAUUCUACAAUGAUUUCUUUGACAACUUCAAACUCAGAAGGCAUUGAGCAGUCUUUGGAAACCCAAGAAGUGCUUGAAAUAACUACCAGUCAUCUUGCUAAUCCAAACUUUACAAAUAAUUCCAUGGAAAUUAAGUCAGCACAGGAAAAUCCAUUCUUAUUCAACACAAUUAAUCAAACUGUUGAAGAAUUAAACACAAGUAAAGAAUCUGUUAUUGCCAUUUUUGUGCCCACAGAAAGCUCUAAACCUGUAGUUAAUUCUUUUAUACCUACACAGAAAGAAACCAUGGAAAUGGAAGAUACAGACAUUGAAGAAUCCUUAUAUAAGGAUGUAGACUAUGGGACAGAAGUUUUACAAAUUGAACAUUCUUACUGUAGACAAGACGUGAAUAAGGAACAUCUUUGGCAGAAGGUCUCUAAGCUACAUUCAAAG